AUGCUUAACCAGCCGCGGGAACGGGAGUACAAGGUGCACGCCGUUAAGCACACUGUGAACACUGAUGCAAACCUUCUCGACAGUUUUCAUGAGAGUGGCUUGUUGGACGGCGCCAAGCUUUCAAGCGAAGUCCGUGUCCAUCUCGGUUCCCAUUUCACAAACCUGAGGCUGCCAGGAGAGCAGGUCAUCGAGGCAGAGGAGAUAUGCGUCCACAAGCGCUUCCGCAGUGGACAGGAAAUGUAUGACAUCGCUGUGAUCAAGCUGAAGGAAGCUGCUACCUUCAGUCGCACGGUACAACCCAUAUGCUUGCCCGAAACACACGCGGAGUUGCAAGAUAACACGCAGCUCUAUGCAGCUGGGUGGGGAAGCGGGAAGGAAUGCGAAAAUUGCUCCCGGGCGAAAACGCUAAAGCAGAUGACUACAAGUUCCAUUGCAAAUAGCCGGUGCUUGGAUUACUUCAACAAGACGGCGGACCCGUCCAUACUGUGCGCUUACGUGAAGGAUGUCCCAUCUAUUUUCGGCGACACGGGUAGCCCAGUUGUGGGCUACUGCGCACCGACUCACUGGGCAGUCUACGGCAUUGUGUCCGACGGCCCACGACGUGACGGUUUCGAACACUUGCCCCUCAUCGCUACCAAGGUUUCGCACUACACCCAGACCUUCAUUUACCCUUACAUGGAUGCCAUGAGCACGUCCCAGGUGCAAAGGAUAUGCGCUUCUCGACGUUGAAUGUGCGUGCUUGUUUACUUAGCAUUUACCGCAUCAUGCAAAGUGGUCCAUCCGAACAUUCAGUCGUUAUUGGUGCAAGCAGUGAACCGUAAGCUUCUACUAGCGAUAACAGCGAGGCUGUCAAGUGUUAGAAGCAGUUACACAAAGAAGAACACCAGGCUGCCGACGACACAUUAAAAAAUGCAUGUGUGCAGUGUGCAGGUAGAAGCUACUUAGAAGCUGCCGUCACAUAUCUUGUUUGUUUUAUUAAGCCCAUUAAUCAGCUGUCCACAGAUAGUUUGUGUAGGUGAGCUGAAUGUACUGCUUUCUGUAAUAAACUUGUCAUCGUCACAGAUUUUUCUGCGCGUAACAAAACAAAAUUUUGAAUUGCUGGAAAA